AUGGAUUCAAUUUCAACUCUCACAUAUUCACUACCCCUUCUUGUAAUACUCCUCUCUUCAUCAUUCAUUUACCUAUUUUAUCUCAAAAGAAAUUCUUCCAAUCCGGAAGCACCACCUGGCUCAAACGGAUGGCCGAUCGUUGGAGAAAACAUCAAUCUCGGCUUAUUGGGCCCACCUAAAUUCAUCCAAAAAAGAAUGAAAAACUUCUCUAACGAUGUAUUUAAAACAUCUUUACUCGGAGAAAAAAUGGCAUUCUUUUGUGGCCCUCAAGGAAACAAAUUCGUAUUCACAAACGAGAACAAACUUGUCACCUCAUGGUGGCCUAAAUCCGUAACAAAAGUUCUUCUCUUCACCGAAGUCAUCGAUCAAGAUCAAAAAAUCGUAGCCCCAUUGCUAGCAAACUCCGUUCAUGAAAUCCUAAAGCCAGAAGCAUUGAAAAAGUACAUUGCUAUAAUGGAUACCAUGGCCCGCCAACAUAUGGACACCGAUUGGGCCCCAAACAAGGAAGUGAAAGUUCACCCUCUUACACAAAAGUACACUUUUGCCCUUUCGUGUAAACUAUUUAUGGAUGAAGACGAUGAUGAGAAGGUCGCCGAAGUGUUGGAUAAUUUUAGAAUAGUCACGAAUGGGAUGAUCUCGGUUCCCAUAGAUUUCCCUGGCACCGCGUAUAAUCAUGCCAUGAAAGGAGGGAAAGUGUUACGUGAUGGUUUGCUAAAGAUUAUUGGGACACGAAGAAAGGAGUUGACUGAGAGUAAAGAGAUUGUGAGACAUGAUGUUUUGUCACAAAUGCUACUUGUGAGAAAAGAAGACGGAAGUCUUAUGAGCGAGAAGGAAAUCUCAAAUAAUAUCAUCGGUUUAUUAGUUGCUAGCUACGAAACUAGCAGUGUUGCGAUAACUUUUGUCCUAAAGCAUCUUGCAGAGCAUCCACAUAUCUACAACAAAGUUUUUGAAGAACAAAUGGAGAUAACAAAAUCUAAAAAGCCUGGAGAGUUGCUAACUUGGGAAGACAUCGAGAAGAUGAAAUAUUCUUGGAAUGUGGCACGUGAAUCUAUACGUUUAGCACCACCUGCUCAAGGAGCCUUUCGAGAAGCUUUGACCGAUUUCAAAUACGCAGGUUUCACCAUUCCAAAAGGAUGGAAGAUAUUUUGGAAUGUUAAUACGACAAAUAAUGAUCCAAAAUACUUCCCAAAUCCGGAGAAAUUUGAUCCUUCAAGGUUUGAAGGAUCUGGCCCUCAACCAUAUUCGUAUGUACCAUUUGGAGGAGGACCUAAAAUGUGCCCAGGAAAAGAGUAUGCCCGAUUAGAGAUACUUGUUUUCAUGCAUAAUUUUGUGAAAAACUUUAAGUUGGAGAAGAUGAUCAAGAAUGAAAAGAUUGUGUAUCUAUCUACUCCUGUCCCUGCAAAAGGUCUCCCAGUUCGCCUUUACCCUCAUAUCAAGCAAUAG